CCUUUUCUGAGAACACAGAAAGCCUGACUCAGGCAGGCAGCUGCCGCUAUUAAAACAGCUCCAGCCCUGCACACUUCCUUGCUGGGGUGAGCGUCGCCGCAAAGAUGAAACCAGCGACCUGGUGCUGGCUGAGCUCAGCUGUCCUUGCUGCGUAUGGUUGUUUGGUUGCAGCAAACAAUGAAACGGAAGAAAUUAUGGAUGAAACGGCCAAGAGCACCUGCCCGGUGAGACUAGAGAGCAGAGGGAGAUGCGAGGAGGGGGGCGAAUGCCCCUACCAAGUGAACCUUCCCCCGCUGACUAUUCAGCUCCCUAAGCAGUUCAGCAGGAUCGAGGAGGUGUUUAAAGAAGUCCAGAACCUCAAGGAAACGGUAAAUAGCCUGAAGAAAUGUUGCCAAGACUGCAAACUGCAGGCUGAUGACAACCGAGAGCCAGGCAGAAAUGGACUGUUGUCACCUGGCACAGAAGUUCCGGGGGAGGCUGAUGGCAACAGAGUUAGAGAAUUAGAGAGCGAGGUGAACAAGCUGUCCUCUGACCUAAGGAAUACAAAGGAGGAGAUCGACGUGCUUCAGGGUCACCUGGAGAAGCUGAAUCUUGUCAAUAUGAACAACAUAGAAAAUUAUGUGGACAAGAAAGUGGCAAAUCUGACAUCUGUGGUCAAUGGUUUGGAUGGCAAAUGUUUGUCCAAAUGUCCCGGUCAAGAACAAAUACAGUCACGUCCAGUUCAACAUCUACUGUAUAAAGAUUGCUCUGAGUACUACACAAUAGGCAAAAGAAGCAGUGGGACCUACAGUGUCACACCAGAUCCCCAAAACAGUAGCUUCGAAGUUUACUGUGACAUGGAGACCAUGGGUGGAGGCUGGACAGUGCUGCAGGUGCGCCUCGACGGAAGCACCAACUUCACCAAAACAUGGCAAGACUACAAAGUAGGCUUUGGAAACCUCAGAAGAGAAUUUUGGCUGGGGAAUGAUAAAAUUCACCUUCUGACCAAGAGUGAUGAAAUGAUCCUAAGAAUAGAUCUUGAAGACUUUAAUGGUGUCAAACUCUAUGCCUUGUAUGAUCCGUUUUAUGUGGCCAAUGAGUUUCUCAGAUACCGUUUACACAUUGGUAACUAUAACGGCACAGCUGGAGAUGCCUUACGUUUCAGUAAACACUACAACCAUGACAUGAAGUUUUUCACCACCCCAGACAGAGACAAUGAUCGAUAUCCCUCUGGAAACUGUGGGCUCUACUACAGUUCGGGCUGGUGGUUUGAUGCAUGUCUUUCUGCAAACUUAAAUGGCAAAUAUUAUCACCAAAAAUACAGAGGUGUCCGUAAUGGGAUUUUCUGGGGCACCUGGCCUGGUGUGAGUGAGUCACAGCCUGGUGGCUACAAAUCCUCCUUUAGAAAGGCCAAAAUGAUGAUCAGACCCAAGCACUUUAAGCCAUAAAUCAUUAGUGUUCAUUCCUCUGCGUAUUCAUUGCCUAACAGGGCAAUUAAUUCCUUCAGGACUUUGGGAUACAUUUUAUACUCCUUUUCCAUGGGUAGAAAUUUAUCUCUGAGCAGUGGGUUCUAAUGAAACACCGCAUUUGAAAUAAAACUGAAAAAUAUACAUUUUAAAGGAGUGUUUUGUUACUGGUAUGCUGUUUUACAAAUGAAUACUUGCAAGCAAUUGGGAAUAUUGAGAAUUACACAUUAAAUUUAUAAUUCAAAUUCUAUUAAUUGAAAGUUUUCUUUCUUUACUUGCUGUAAUUUAAAAAUAAUUGUUUAAUCAACAGGCUAGAUUUUACAUAAGUAAUUUGCAUUUUGGAUGUGGCAAACACAUCUGAACAUAUAUCGCUCUUUUUGGGCUACAAACAGUUAUUUGGGUAACGUUUGUUUGUUUGUUUUCUUUUUUUUUUGUCUCUAAAUACCCUAAUCCUCAUUCUGAGAUAAACUUAUUCAAUUUAUGGCAUUUACUUUGGGACAGGAAGACCCUACAGCAUUUUCGUUCCCAGGCAAAGGGAAAUAUACCUAUAUAAUUAAACCUGUUCAUGUACCAUUCAUGAAAUGUAAAAUGUCUGUUAUUUAAAA